AUGAGUGCGAAUACUAGCUCUGCGCCCUUCUCGAAGGCCGUGGUAAGGGCGAUGCAAAAGCUCUAUCCAAAGGCACUUGCAGAUAACUCAUGGGACAAUACCGGACUGCUGCUAGAAGCUCCCUUCGACCCUUCACGCCGACAAGAUAACACAGUCCUCCUCACCAUCGACCUCACCAAAGCUGUUGCCGACGAAGCCAUUGCCCUGAAGUCCUCGAUCGUAGUCGCGUACCACCCCAUCAUCUUUCGCGGCCUGAAGUCCCUCACCCUCGCAAACUCCCAACAACAGACACUCCUCCGCCUCGCCAGCCAUGGAAUCAGCGUCUACAGUCCUCACACCGCCGUAGACGCAGCACCAGGAGGGCUAGGUGACUGGCUAGCAGACAUCGUAACCGGGACAAAGACAAGCUACGACGCCUCGCCGUCAGCAGCAACCACCCCAGCGCCCCAAAGCGAAGGCGAUCACGACCCUUUCGUACAGCAAAAAGGAGCAGCAACACUAUCCGUCCAGCGACCGACCUUCCUACUGCAACACCACCCCAGCCAAACCACACUCCGCCUCUCUAAAGAUCCGCCGAAGACAACUUCGAUCCCACACACCCGACGCCCCAUCGUCCCUCAAUUACCCGAGAUCAAGACCCAUCCUGGCGCAGGUAUGGGCCGCAUCGUCGAAUUCAACGACGCGCAACCACUCCCCACACUGCUUGACCGGAUAGGCAAGGGUCUCAACAACCCAAAAGGUUUUCCAAUCGCAAUUCCACAAGACGCGAAUAUCGGCGACAUCAAGAUCCGCAGCGUGGGCAUAUGCGCGGGCUCAGGAGGAUCUUUGCUCGGGAACCUGGAUGUCGAUCUGCUGUUCACGGGGGAGAUGAGCCACCACGAGGCGCUUGCGGCGAUUGAGAAGGGGCAGGUGGUGAUUAGCUUGUUUCACAGCAAUUCCGAGAGGGGUUUUUUGGCGGAAGUGCUCAGGGAGCAGUUAGAAGACACGAUUGAGGGCGAGUGGCAGGCUGUUAGGGAGGAAGAGAAGGGCGACGAAAGGCUGAAGGAGGCGUUGGCGGAUCAGGAGUUUGAGGUUGCGGUUAGUGAAGUGGAUAGGGAUCCGUAUGGGAUUGUGGUGUUGAAGGGUGAUGCUGAGGAGAAUGCCUAA